AGUGCUAGGACCGACAAGUCAAGAGUCAAGACUUAUUUUAUUUUGUUUGAAAGGGUUUCUGGAGGUCGAACUAACAAAUGAUUUUGAAAAGAGUUAUUCCUUUUUUACAAACUAUCUAAUCUAACAGUUCAUGGAUUAUCUUUAUUUUAUAUUCAUGGAUUUUUGUUUUAUAAAUAAUAAUUAAUACGCUCCAACUAAAUAUGGACUAACUACAAUUCAUGAAAUUUAAUUAUUGAAAUUAAUGAAUAAUUAUUAGAAAAAUAUAAUAAAUAUUACUUUACAAUAUUUCAUUUCACCAUGACAGAAAAACGUAAGGAAAUCCGUGUUUGGUGCGAUGGGUGUUAUGAUAUGGUUCACUUUGGACAUGCAAAUUCUCUUCGACAAGCAAAAGCUUUAGGUGACUAUUUAGUUGUCGGAGUUCACACUGAUGAAGAAAUUGCAAAACAUAAAGGACCACCUGUUUUUUCACAAGAAGAAAGAUACAAAAUGGUACGUGGCAUAAAAUGGGUCGAUGAAGUUGUUGAAGGUGCUCCUUAUGUGACAACAUUGGAGACAUUGGAUAAAUAUAAUUGUGAUUUCUGUGUCCACGGUGAUGACAUCACAAGGACUGCAGAUGGUGUUGAUACUUAUCAUUUUGUUAAAGCUGCUGGAAGAUACAGGGAAGUCCAAAGAACAGCAGGAGUAUCCACCACUGACCUUGUUGGACGCAUGUUGUUGAUGACUAGACAGCACUUUCGCCAAGGUGAGAGUGAGUACACAGUAGAAAAAGAGCCAAGCAAAAUAAUGGGUCAAGACAAACAAGCUCGUAGUCCAUGGACAGGUUGCUCCCAAUUUUUACCUACUACUCAAAAAAUUAUACAAUUUAGUGAUGGAAAAAGUCCUCAAACUCAUGACAAUGUAGUUUAUGUUGCUGGGGCUUUUGAUCUAUUUCAUGUUGGACAUUUAGAUUUCUUGGAAGUUGCAAAAAAAGAAGGCGAUUAUUUGAUUGUAGGAUUACACACUGAUCCUGCAGUGAAUCGAUACAAAUGUGGAAAUUAUCCCAUAAUGAAUCUUCAUGAGAGAGUUCUUAGUGUUUUGGCUUGCAAAGUAAUCAUAUUUUUUAAUAGUAACAACAUUUUUCUAUCUUACUUAUAUUUAUUUUCAAUGAUUUUUAUUCUAUUUACAAAACAACUAUAAAACUGAUACAGAAAAAAAUGCAUUUAUCUUGAAAAGUUAAAAAACUGUUUUUUUUUUUAUUUUUCAAUAAAAUGAAUUCGUAAAAUAAAAUCAAUUGAAUGACGAACAGUUUUCUGAGCAACUAAAUUAAGAAUAAUAUGUAAGAGCAGACACAAUCUUGAUCUAUGCAAAUCGCAUAAUAAAUAUAAAACGACAUUAAAGGGAAAUUAUUGAGUUGGCGAUUGUUGUAUCUCGUGAUAUUUCGUGGUAUUUCGUAGAAUGAUUUUAAAAUCGGAUAACAUAACCACUUAAUAUUAUAAAUUUCAUAUAUUGACCUUUUUUUCAUAAAAUCUCUUUCUGCUAGUACGGUUUUAAUGAUGACAAAUUUUAAUGAGAAGUUUUAGAAAAGUUGUUCAAUUGAUCGAUUAAUGAACAGUUGUGUAAUUCUUAGCUAUUUCAGUCAGCUUAAGAACACUGGGUAACGAAUUUUUUUCAAAUUGAACAAUUGUUUUAUACACACGCACACACACGUUGUCAUGUUCCUGAAUUGU